AUGUGCAUCGUACUCCUCACGACAGCUCAUCCGGACUAUGCUCUCAUCGCGAUAGAUAACCGGGAUGAGUUCAUCCUCCGACCGACUAGCCGCCCACACUGGUGGAGGCACGAACCCUCGGGCGCCAACGUCUUGUCGUCGCGAGAUCUCCAACGCGCCGAGAUGGGCACCUGGCUAGGCAUCACCGACCAGGGCCUCUUCGCCGUUCUCACAAACUAUCGCGAGACGGACCCGACAGACGCCGAUCAUCCCGUCUGCGGACAGCGCAGCCGCGGCGGCAUGGUGACGGCCUGGCUGGGCGCCGACCCGGAUGCAUCCGUCGCCGACAACGUGCAUCGGCUCGUGCGGGACCAAGGCGUCAAGGGCGUCGGUGGCUUCUCCAUGGUUGCCGGGAAACUUCGAAAGAAGCGGCAGGUGCGCUCGCACCCACACGCCAACCCCCUCGAACCCAUUGCCAUCGUCUCGAAUCGCUGCGCACACGUCCACGACGUGCCUUGGAUUGCUGACGUGCGGGGCGAGGUGUACGGCCUCAGCAACACGACCUACGAUAACCCGGACCCCUGGCCCAAGGUCGCGGACGGCAAGCGACUCCUACGAGAAGCCAUCGACGACGCCAUCGCCAACCAUCUCGACGAAGACCAGUUAACGGCGCGACUUUACGCGAUCCUCGACCGCGACACCCUGCCUCCGCCGGCGACACCCGAAAUGGGGUUCGCCGACUACGUGACGGAACUCCAAAAGUCCAUCUUCGUCCCCGCCAUCGGAGAUGCGAGUCAUAGGGCCGAGAUGGAGGCGGCGGUGGCCAAGGGGAAGGGCGAGGUCAAAGAUAUGAGGGCCGCCGAAGAGCUGACGCGGCCGGAUGGGCUGUCGACGACGACGACGACGACGACGACUUCCCAGGAUGGCCAGGCGGGUCCAAACGUCAACACCGGCGUCGGGUUCGAGACGGGUCUGUAUGGAACGCAGCGGCAGACCAUCAUCAUGGUGGAUUGGGACGGCAAUGUCUCGUACCGGGAGCGCGCAUUGUGGGAUUCCAACGGCAACCCGAUAGAGAAGGGGCAGGGCGAUGUGCUGUUUCGGUUCAAGAUACAGGGUUGGGAUGGUGAAGAUGGGCAAGAGGAAGGAAGAGAGCUGAUGCUGUGA